AUGGCUGCACUCAUCUCUCAAGUCGUUUCGGCCAUCGUAGGCUUCAAGUAUGGGUUGAAGCACAGCAUCGCGUCGGGAUGUUGGAUAACGGAGCGCGUAUCCGCGUAUGUGGGGUCGGUUUGUGGGGAGGUCUUUCGUUAUAUCGAAGAGCGUAGCGAUACCCCGGUGAUGGUCAGAGGUCGCAAUCGCGCUCAAAUCACGGAUGUCGAAGCCCAGAAUUUACGCACCACCGACGCUGACUGCAACGCCGACUUCGAGGAAAUCGAGGACCUCCUUCGGAUUCGUCAAGAAAUAAUGGAUCUUCAUACCCUUCUCGACAACAAACGCGCACUCACCCGGCCUAUGACGCCCGAAGCGCACAAUAUCAACAUCGACCGAUUCGCUCUCGACCAUAGGCACCGGCUGAACGACAUCGCUAUCGAGGCGCAGAUUCGCGCCAAGUAUCCGUCGAGGAACGAGUAUCUCGCAAUCUGCAAGAAAUACGAGGUUUCCCCCUUCCGCACCUAG